AUAACACGUUUCAUUAUGGGAUCCUUACUUUUAGUAUUGCCUUAUUUUUUCCUUCACUUGGUUUUAUUACUACUUUCUCAUUUUACAUCAAACACUUUCUCAUCAUGCAACCCCCAUGAGAGUUCUGCAUUGUUACACUUCAAGAACUCAUUUUUCAUCAACACUUCGUCUAAACCUGAUAGUCUGUCUGCAUGUUUCUCUUUUUCUUUCAAGACAGAAUCUUGGAAAAAGAGUAAAGACUGUUGCGAGUGGGAUGGUGUCACCUGCGACAAAGUGUCUGACUAUGUCAUUGGUGUGGACCUUAGUUGCAAUAAUCUGAAAGGUAAAUUACAUCCAAAUAGCACAAUCUUUCAUCUUAAACACCUUCAACAACUCAACUUGGCUUUUAAUGAUUUUUCUAUGUCUUCAUUGCAAGUUGGUAUUGGUGAUCUAGUGAAUCUCACACAUCUCUAUCUUUCAAACUGUCAACUCAGUGGUAAUAUUCCUUCCACAAUUUCUCGUUUGUCAAAAUUAGUAUCACUUGAUCUUAGUGCAAAUGACAUGGAACUCAAUUCAUUCACAUGGAACAAACUCAUUCAUAAUGCUACUAAUUUAAGAGAGCUUUAUCUAGAUCAUGUGAAUAUGAGUUUAAUUAGAGAGAGCUCUUUGUCUAUGCUAAAGAAUUUAUCAUCCUCUUUGGUUUCUCUUAGUCUAAGAGACACUGGCUUGAAAGGAAAUUUGUCAACUGACAUCCUCUCUCUACCUAAUCUUCAAAAACUAGAUUUGUCAUCUAAUGAAGAUCUAAGUGGUCAACUUCCAAAAUCAAACUGGAGCAUUCCUCUUAGGUUCUUGAACCUCCAUAACACUUCUUUUGUUGGAGAAAUUCCUUAUUCCAUAGGUCGGUUGAAAUCUCUUACCCUAUUAGUCCUUUCAAAGUGCAAUUUUGAUGGUUUGAUUCCUCUAUCUUUGUGGAACCUCACUCAACUCACAUUCUUGGACCUUGGUGAAAACAAUCUUAAAGGUGAGAUCCCAUCAUCACUUUCAAAACUUACACACCUCACUUCCUUAGUUCUUGGAUAUAAUAAAUUUAGCGGCAACAUUCCAAAUGUUUUUGAAAAUUUAACCAAAUUAGAAAUUUUAUCACUUUCUAGUAAUAAACUAGUUGGCCCAAUUCCAAAUAAAAUUACAAAACAUUCCAAAUUGAUCUUUCUGUUUUUAGGAAAUAACAUGUUAAAUGGAACAAUUCCACACUGGUGUUACUAUUUGUCUUCUUUGUUAUACUUGGACCUCAGUAACAACCACCUCACAGGAUUCAUUGAUGAGUUCUCAACUUAUUCUUUGGAAAUUUUGUUUCUUUCUAAUAACAAUUUACAUGGUCAUUUUCCCAAGUCCAUAUUUAAACUCCAAAAUCUAACUUACUUAGAUUUGUCAUCAACAAACUUGAGUGGUAUUGUGCAUUUUCACCAAUUUUCAACAUUUAAAAAUAUAUAUCUCCUAGAUCUUUCGAACAAUAGUGCUCUUUCUAUCAACAUUGAUGGCAAAGCUCAAACCAUCUCACCAUACCUUGAACUUUUAUAUUUAUCAUCAACAAAUAUUAAUAGUUUUCCUAAAUUCUUAGCCCCACUACCAAAUUUAAGAGUUUUAGAUCUUUCGAAUAACAACAUUCAUGGGAAAAUAUCGAAAUUGUUUCAAAAGCAACUCUUGAACUCCUGGAACAACAUUGAACACAUUGAUCUUAGUUUCAACAAGUUGCAAGGAGAUCUUCCAAUUCCACCAUAUGGCAUUCAAUACCUUUUACUCUCAAACAACAACUUCAUAGGAGACAUUGCUUUGUCAUUGUGCAAUGCAAGUUCCCUGAAGGUUCUCAAUUUGGCUCACAACAGCUUAACAGGGACAAUACCACAAUGCUUGGGAACAUUUUCAUCUCUUUUGAUAUUGGAUAUACAAAUGAACAACCUAUAUGGAAGCAUGCCUAGAACCUUUUCCAAAGAAAAUCAAUUUGAGACAAUAAGGUUGAAUGGAAAUCAAUUGGAAGGACCACUACCACACUCUUUGGCUCAUUGCACAAAACUUGAAAUUUUGGACCUUGGAAACAACAACAUAAAUGAUGCAUUUCCAAAUUGGCUUGAAACUCUACAAGAGUUACAAGUACUCAGUCUACGAUCAAAUAAACUUCAUGGUAAAAUCACAUGUUCUAACACUGAGCAUUCAUUUUCUAAGAUGAGAAUUUUUGACAUCUCUCAUAAUAAUUUAAGUGGACCCUUGCCAACAUCAUGCAUCAAGAACUUUCGAGGAAUGAUGAAUGUGAAUGACAGCCAAAUUGGUCCGGAAUACAUGGGUCAGGGGAAUUACUAUGAGGAUUCUGUGGUGAUCACAAUAAAAGGUUUUUCUAUGGAGCUAACGAGGAUAUUGACUACUUUCACAACAAUUGAUUUAUCAAACAACAUGUUUCAAGGAGAAAUUCCUCAUGUCAUUGGAGAAUUAAUUUCUCUCAAAGGUCUCAACCUUUCAAACAAUGAAAUCACAGACAAUAUUCCUCAAUCUCUGAGUAAUUUGAGAAAUUUGGAGUGGUUGGAUCUCUCAAGGAACCAAUUGACGGGUGAGAUUCCGAUAGCUUUGACAAAUUUGAAUUUUCUCUCUUUCUUAAACCUUUCACAAAACCACCUUGAGGGAAUGAUACCUAAAGGUCCACAGUUUGAUACAUUUGAAAAUACAUCAUAUGAUGGAAAUACAAUGUUAUGUGGAUUCCCGUUGUCUAAAUCAUGCAAAAAAGAUGAAGAUCAACCACCACAUUCAACUUCUGAAGAUGAAGAGGAAUCAGGUUUUGGAUGGAAAGCGGUAGUAACAGGAUAUGCGUGUGGAGCAAUAUUUGGGCUGCUCUUUGGAUAUAAUGUGUUCUUCAUUGGAAAACCUGUAAGGCUUGUAAGAUUCUUUGAAGGUAUGUUUAACAUAAGACUGAAGAGAACAGGCAACAGAGCCGGUGCAAAUCGACAUGCACUUUCUAAAUGGCUUAAACAAAUGGGAUCCUUACUUUCAGUUUUGCCUUAUUUUUCCCUUCACUUGUUCUUAUUGCUGCUACUUACACUUUUUACUUGCUACACUUUUUCAUUAUGCAAUCCUCACGACACCUCUGCAUUGUUACAAUUCAAGAACUCUUUUUUUGUCAACACUUCAUCUAAACCUGAAUAUGAUUAUGACGAUUAUCCGUUGUAUGGCUGUCCCUCUUUUUCUUUCAAGACAGAGUCUUGGAAAAUAAGUAAAGACUGUUGCGAGUGGGAUGGUGUCACGUGUGACAACGUUUCAGACUACGUGAUUGGUCUGGACCUUAGUUGCAACAAUCUAAAAGGUGAAUUACAUCCCAAUAGCACUAUCUUUCAACUUAGACACCUUCAACAACUCAACUUGGCUUUUAAUGAUUUUUUUAUGUCUUCAUUGCAUGAUGGUGUUGGUGGUCUAGUUAAUCUCAGAUAUUUAAAUCUAUCGUAUUGUAAUCUCACGGGUAAUAUUCCUUCCACCAUCUCUCAUUUGUCAAAAUUAGUAUCACUUGAUCUUAGCAGAAGCUACUAUCAAUUGGAACUCAAUCCAUUCACAUGGAAUAAACUCAUUCAUAAUGCUACUAAUUUGAGGGAGCUUUCUCUAGAUUAUGUGAAUAUGAGUUCAAUCAGAGAGAGCUCUUUGUCUAUGCUAAAGAAUUUGUCAUCCUCUUUAGUUUCUCUUAGUCUAGCAUACACUGAGUUGGAAGGAUAUUUGUCAUGUGACAUCCUCUCUCUACCUAAUCUUCAAAAACUAGAUUUGUCUGAUAAUGAUUAUCUUAGCGGUCAACUCCCAAAGUCCAAUUGGAGCACUCCUCUUACUCAUUUAGACCUUCAUUACUGCAAUUUUAAUGGAAUGGUUCCUCCAUCUUUGUGGAACCUCACUCAACUUACAUACUUGAACCUUGCUGUCAACAAUUUUGAGGGUGAGAUCUCAUCAUUACUUUCAAAACUUACAAACCUCACUUUCUUAGAUCUUGGAUAUAAUAAAUUUAGCGGCAACAUUCCAAAUGUUUUUCAAAAUUUAAUCAAAUUAGAAUAUUUAUCACUUUAUAGAAAUAAACUAGUUGGCCCAAUUCCAAGUGAAAUCGCAAAACAUUCAAAAUUGAGCAUUCUGUAUUUAGGACAUAACAUGUUAACUGGAACAAUUCCACAUUGGUGUUAUAAUAUGCCCUCUCUGUCAAGGUUGCACCUCGGUGACAACCACCUCACAGGAUUCAUUAGCAACUUCUCAACUCAUUCUUUAGAAUAUUUGUUUCUCUCUAAUAACAGCUUAACAGGAGACAUUGCUAUGUCAUUAUGUAAUGCAAGUUCCAUGAUUGUACUCAAUUUGGCUCACAACAAUUUAACAGGCACAAUACCACAAUGCCUUGGAACAUUUCCUUAUCUUUAUAUUUUGGAUAUGCAAAUGAACAACUUCUAUGGAAGCAUGCCUGCAACCUUUUCCAAGAAAAAUAAUUUUGAGACAAUAAAGUUGAAUGGCAAUCAAUUGGAAGGACCAUUGCCACACUCUCUGGCUCACUGCACAUACCUUGAAAUUUUGGACCUUUCAAACAACAACAUAUAUGACACAUUUCCAAUGUGGCUUGAAACUCUACAAGAGUUACAAGUACUUAGUUUGCGAUCAAAUAAACUUCAUGGUACAAUCAGACGUACUAACACUGAGCAUCCAUUUCCUAAGUUGAGAAUAUUUGACAUAUCUGAUAACAAAUUUAGUGGACCUUUACCAAUAUCACUCCUCGAGAACUUUCAAGAAAUGAUGAAUGUGAGUAAAAAUAAAAUUGGUUUGAAAUACAUGGGUAAGCACAGUUACUAUAAUGAAUCUGUUGUGGUCGCAAUGAAAGGCCAUUUUAUGGAGCUAACAAGGAUAUUAACUGCUCUCACAAUAAUUGAUUUAUCAAACAACAUGUUUGAUGGAGAAAUCCCUCAUGUCAUUGGAGAAUUAAUUUCUCUCACAGGUCUCAACCUUUCAAACAAUGAAAUCACAGGUAAUAUUCCUCAAUCUCUGAGUAAUUUGAGAAAUUUGGAGUGGUUGGAUCUCUCAAGGAACCAACUGAUAGGAGAAAUUCCUACAUCUUUGGCCAUUUUGACUUUCCUCUCUUUUUUAAACCUUUCACAAAACCAUCUUGAGGGAAUCAUACCUAAAGGCCAACAGUUUGAUACAUUUGGAAAUGAUUCAUAUGAAGGAAAUACAAUGUUAUGUGGAUUACCUUUGUCUAAAUUAUGCAAAAAUGAUGAAGAUCAAUCACCAAAUUCAACAUCAGAAGAUAAAGAGGAAUCAGGGUUUGGAUGGAAAGCAGUAGUAACAGGAUAUGUGUGUGGGGCUGUACUUGGAAUGCUGUUGGGAUACAAUGUCUUCUUGUUUGAAAAGCCGGAAUGUCUUAUAAGAUUCUUUGAACAUAUGUUUAAUGUAAGACUUAAGAGACCACGCAACAGAGCUGGUGGAAUUCGCAGAAGAAUGAAUUAAUUUGAAGAAGUUGUUUUCAAAUAUUAAGAAAUAUAUAAAUUGUUUGAAGUUUAAACAUCUCUGUUUCAGCAAUGUAGCCUUAUCUAUUUUGUAUCAUUAGGUGGUCUUUUUUA